AGGUUCACCAGCCCCUGUCACCAGGGCCCUUUCACCCUGUGCUUUGGGCAGGCUCACACAUUGAAGGAGGAGAAGAAUCAUGAGAUACAUCGGGUACAGAAGCUUGGGAGGAGCUUGUUCAAACUCAAAAAGCAGAGGGCUGAGCCCCGGGCCCCAGAUCCACCAGCAGGGCCCUCGGAGGUGGAGCAGCUACAAGAUGAGACCAAACACCUAAGGAAGGAGCUGGAGAGUCUGGGAAGACAGCUCCAGGCUGAGGUGGAAAACAAUCAGAUGUUGAAUCUCCUGAACAGGAGACAGGAGGAGAGGCUGCGUGAGUAGGAGGAGAGGCUACGUGAGCAGAAGGAGAGGCUACGUGAGCAGGAGGAGAGGAUACGUGAGCAGGAGGAGAAGCUACAUGAGCAGGAGGAGAGGCUAUCUGGGCAGGAGGAGAGGAUACGUGAGCAGGAGGAGAGGAUACAUGAGCAGGAGGAGAGGAUACAUGAGCAGGAGGAGAGGCUAUGGGAGCAGGAGUGGCUGCCAGAGCAGGAGAGACUGCUGGAGGAGGUGAAGAAGUUGUUGGAACGGGAGAGACGGGAGGAGGAGGAGGAGAAGCUGCUAGAGCAUGAGAGGCUGCUGAACCAGGUAGAGAAGCUGCUGGAAGAGGAGAGGCUGCGGGAGCACGAUGAGAGGCUGCGGGAGCAGGAUGAGAGGCUGCGGGAGGAGGAGAGGCUGCCAGAGCAGGAGAGGCUGUUGGAGCAGGUGGAGAAGCUAUUGGAACAGGAGAG